GUAUGAAUAUGUAGUGAGAGAGAGAGAUAGAGAGAGGAAUUCAAAAUCAAACAAAAUCAGAUCAUCGCGCCAUUAGCAGCAGCUCAGAGAAAGCUUCAGUCGGAAAAAAAAAACUCAGAGAUGGCGGAGUAUCCUUCUGCGAUUGAGAGAGCGGUUGCUUCGUCUCUUCUUGUUCUUUCUUAUGGACCUGUGCUCUUCUCACCUACGAGGUCGGAAUCUGUUGAGGAAUCGAGCUAUGUAAGGAAGUGGUGUGAGGAAGGAAGCUCGAACCUGAGCUUGAAGUUGGGAUCUAGCGGAUCGAGAUCUUGUGGCUCGGCUUUGUCCAGCGACGGUUCGUUUGGGAAGAUUGAAGAUCGUGGAUUCAAAAUCAAUUAUACUGGAGAUCCGUUUCAACUCGUGAAUUUCAAGACAGCGAGGAAACGCCGAUCUCAGGUUAUCUGGGGAACCUUCAAUUCCAAGCCGACACAGUUGAUGAAGAAUCCUGCGAGUGAUCUUCUCUCAACAUCCUCUGUUGAUUCCAAAGAUGAAUCGUGUCUGUCAACUGGUUCAAGCGAGGUUUCCAGCAUAGAAAGCAGAAUCAAAGUCGGGAAUCAGAGAAGCAACGAGAAGCUAAGAGGAGAAAGGAAGAAGAUGAAAGAUAGUAGCAGCAGGUCGAGUUCUAUUCGCCGUAGAGCCAAAGAUAUCUUGGAGUUUCUUUCCUCAGAGUCUUCUUCUGAAGUCCAUAUCCGUCAGAUUCUCGGCGACAGUCCUGAUACCAGCAAAGCUCUCAGAAUGUUAUUGAAGAUGUCGGAAGUGAAGAGGUUUGGCACAGGAGGAAGACUUGAUCCCUUUAUUUACAAGAUUGCAUGAAAACUUAAGACAUUAAUGCUGGAGGCAGCAGGUAAAACUUAUACCCCCUUCCCCACGAUUUAGUUAUAUACAGUCUGGUGUGGUCCUAAUACGGCUUAGGAAAACAAAAACUAUAACCGGAGUAUAUAAUAUAUAUAGCUAGAUAUAUAUUGUCUAAAAACGGCCGCUCUAUAUAAGAGGUGGCUCAGUUAGAUGUUCAGAGAAAUAGCUGAAACAACUACUAAUAUAGAACCAAGGUUGGUUAUAAACUUAGAAAUCAUCAUGUUUGUUUGCUUGUUUAAAUCUCGCCCUUGGUUUUUCUUUUGAGCUGUUAAAGAAUAUGGGUUGAUGAAUGAUGACUUAUAGUUUACUAAUAUUUUUAGUGAUUUUGCAAAUAUAUAUUUUAAAUCUUACUUAUGGAAAGAGAAAUAUAAUGGCUAAUUACUAAUUUCGAAUUAAUUAAAAGAAUGAAAGAAAUAAUCAAAUUUCAUUGUAUCAUCUUCUACGAAUUUUCGGUGGAUGAUAUGACAUGUGUUAUGUUUAUCUUACAAAGACUAAAUCAGUCUUGAUUUAUUUAAAAGUUACUCAUUUGAA